AUGAAGACCCUGGUGCGCCAUGGUCUGGCAGUGUGUUUAGCGCUCACCACCAUGUGCACCAGCUUGUUGCUCGUGUACAGCAGCCUCGGAGGCCAGAAGGAGCGGCCCCCGCAGCAGCAGCAGCAGCAGGAGGCAGCGGCGACCCUCAGCUCGCGGCUGUCGGCGGAGAGCAGCCCCCCGCCGCGCCCGGAGACCCCCGCGGGACCGCGGCCGCUGGACGGAUACCUCGGCGUAGUGGACCACAAGCCCCUGAAAAUGCACUGCAGGGACUGCGCCCUGGUGACGAGCUCCGGGCAGCUGCUGCGCAGCAGGCAAGGCGCCCAGAUUGACCGGACUGAAUGUGUCAUUCGCAUGAAUGAUGCCCCCACGCGUGGCUACGGGCGGGACGUGGGCAACCGCACCAGCCUGCGGGUCAUCGCGCAUUCCAGCAUUCAGCGGAUCCUCCGCAACCGCCACGACCUGCUCAACGUCAGCCAGGGCACCGUGUUCAUCUUCUGGGGCCCCAGCAGCUACAUGCGUCGCGACGGCAAGGGCCAGGUCUACAACAACCUGCAGCUGCUGAGCCAGGUGCUGCCCCGGCUGAAGGCCUUCAUGAUCACGCGCCGCAAGAUGCUGCAGUUCGACGAGCUCUUCAAGCGCGAGACCGGCAAAGACAGGAAGAUCUCCAACACUUGGCUCAGCACUGGCUGGUUCACAAUGACAAUAGCCCUGGAACUCUGUGACAGGAUCAAUGUUUAUGGCAUGGUGCCCCCAGACUUCUGCAGGGAUCCCAACCACCUUUCAGUACCUUAUCACUAUUAUGAACCUUUUGGACCUGAUGAAUGUACGAUGUACCUGUCCCAUGAGCGAGGACGGAAGGGUAGUCAUCACCGCUUUAUCACAGAGAAACGAGUCUUUAAGAACUGGGCACAGACAUUCAAUAUUCACUUUUUUCAACCAGACUGGAAACCAGAAUCUCUUGCUAUAAGUCAUUCUGAGAAUAAACCUGUGUUCUGA